CGUUCAUGUAAACACUCACGUGCAUGUGCGUCAGCUACAAUUCAGAUCGUUAUCAGCUGGACUUUGAUCAGACUGUGCUGAAUUACUGACACUUUUUCGUAUAAAUACCACGCAUUUGAUGCACCAUAUAUUAGUUCCUUUUGAGAAAAAUCGUUUGAUAUAAAUGUACAGAAGAUCCAUAAUGAUGGAACAAGAACGUCAAGACAGUGAACAGUUUAUAUCACGGCUGGGCAAUCUCCCAAUUGUGAGCUCUGCAUGGGGUACAGUGUGUACUGCAUACCAGAAGACAAAGGAGAGCCACACCCUGCUGAAGUCAACAUGUGACCUGGCAGAGAGCGGAGUGCAGUCUGUCGUUUCAACAGCAAUGCCUUAUGUGGAGAAAUAUCAGCCGCAAAUUGAGAAAGUGAAUGCCUAUGCCUGUGACAAGUUGACGGUCAUGGAGGAGCAGUACCCUGUCAUUACACGGCCAACGGAGGAUGUCCUUCAGGAGGGGAAGGAAAAAUGUGCAAACAUGGUGAAACCCAUCACAGACCGUGUCACAGCUGUCAAAGACACAUACACUGGUGUGGUCAACAGAGGACAUGAAGCUGUUGAGGCUACCAAGGGUCGUGUGGAGGCUGUGAAGGAUUAUGGGAUGACGACUGCAGCUCGUACUCUGGAAACCCCAUUGGGACAGUACGCCAUGGACAAAGUAAAUGAUGCUCUCACCCUGUCUGAGGAUUACAUCGAGAAGUACCUCCCAGCUGGCGAUGAUGAGAAUGCUGAUAAAGUCCCUGAGGAAUUGGAUGAGGUGAGCACGAUGACUCGUGUAACAGCCCUGAGUUCCAAACUGCGCCAGCGCAUGUACAAGCGGGCCAUGCGUGACCUGAAGGGCCUCCAGAUAAGAAGCCAGGAGAAAAUUGAGAAACUCAACUUCACCGUUGAUCUGAUUGAGUACGCCAAGUCUGGCGCUGGGGAUGUGAAGGAAAGCUUGGAAGAGAAGUAUGAGGUUGCCCAGCAACGCCUGGCCGAGUAUUGGGACCAGGUGACUGCGGAAGAGGACAGUGACGAUGAGGAGGAAACACCCACCACAAUGGAGGGGAGAACAAUAGUUAUGGCUCGUCAGCUGACCCGCCAGGUGCGAAAGGGAGUAACAACCGUGUCUGGCUACAUGCCGGUACGUCUCCAACCAGCUGUUAUCAGAGAGAGGCUUGAAAAUGCCGUCAAAUACUCUGAGGAGCUCUAUCAGUCAUUCAGGAAGGCUGAAUCUUUCACCGAGCUGCCAAGCUGGGUGGUAAGCCAGACGCGGGAAAGGUUGGCGUACGUUCAAGAGACGGUCUCAUUCCUCGCAGACACCUUCCUGGUGACUCCGAUCACAUGGCUGUUUGAUCUGCCAGCGUCCAUCGACAACAUUGAGCUGAGCAACGAUGACAUCUUUGGUUUCCAUGUCAACCGCGCUGCUGCCCCGGUUGUCAGGACGAUGUCGGCUGCUUAGCAACGCGCGAAGUUGAGUCCAUCAGGCAUGAGCUGAUCUCAAAAUAAUAUACCAAAACCUUUAACUAUAUCACGGACCUUUAAAGGCAUUGUUAUAGGCUCGUGACUAUAUCAUCAAAAUAUGUAUUUAUUUUUCAACAAACUGCGUGACUGUCCGACCAAUGUUUGAUUUAGAAGAAUAUACGUACGUUGUAUGAUUUGAUAGGAUGUAUUUUCCCUUCCAAGUGAGAAAAAGUAGCGGUGUCGUACGGAUGGAAAGUUACUAUAAAUUUUACGGUAGAGCAGAAAAAAAUAUUGAACUGUAUUGUCAGAAUGAACCCUCUGCAAAUAUUGAGCUUUUUAAAAAAAAAAUGUAUAGUAGAAAUGUUUGUAUGUAUAGUCUUUAAAAAUGUUGCAUCUACGCGUGCCUUUAACAUCUUCAAAUAUUCAUGGAUCGUGACCAACAAUCGUGAUCGAAUCAGUUUAGUGGUCGAAUAAUGGAGUGAGCUGCUCAUUUGAUGAACGACUAACGACCACAACCCGCACGUUUUAUAAGAGGAAUGUGAAAAAGUGCAAUUUUUAUCUUCGCUGUAAAUAAACAUGUUGUGCUAGUCAUUUAAUGUAUUACUUCUGUUGUAACGAUAUAUCAGUCCAGGUUUUGUAAGUAUUUCAUAAGUUAUCUUAAAUGUGGCUUUUAUCUGCUUUUUAACAUUUAUAUUUAAAUUAUUGUUUGUGACAUUUAGACUCUUGUUUAUGUUAGUCGUGCAAUAUUAUUGUAUAUGAAUCAUGAAUCCUUCCCCGUAUGGGGCCCUUAAAACAUUACGUAUCAUUGUUGUAAUUCUUAACCUAUUAGUAAUUCCAUUCGAAUACUUUUUUCUGUGUCGACUUUUUAAAUUUCAAUGCGUGAUGACCCCUUAUGAUUAGGCAGCACAGAAAAUGGUUUAAUGUUGAGAUAAAAAAUAAUUAUAUAAAUAUCAUACUGACACAAAAAAUUGCUAACACGCUGUAUUGACCAUGAAAUACUUGACGAUUAAAGACGGAAUGAAGAACAAGAAUAGAAACUGCCAUUUCUUUAUCCGUAAUGUAUUCUCGUCCAUUACUAAAGUAUUUUACUUGUUAGUAAUCAAUUAGCCAUACCUUUUCAAGCGAUGUCAAUCUUAUAUUGGGUCACCAAGCAUCACCGUUUAACAUUACGUCCAAUGGCAUUUAAGGACAUACAAUUAUGAUAAAACGAAAAUCUGACUUGAUCUCUGGAAACCUUUAAUAACGUAACUGUCAUCAGAAUUUAAAAAAACAACAACAACCUUUUAUAUAUAGAUUUAGUAUAAAACAUAAUGUAGAAGAUGAUAGAUGGUCAUAUCUUGUGACGUAUUAUUUUACACCAACGUUUACUCAAGUCAGUGUGUUACCACGAGUAUGUAAUCAUCUUUGACAUACAUGUACUUUUUUAAGUUUUAUUUAUAUUUUAACCGUUGUAUAUGGUUGAAUUGUCAGUAUUUAGUUUAUAUUUACAAAUAUGUAUCUUCUAACAUGUAUACUAGUCAUUUCUGUUGUAUUGUGCUAUGUUUUACACACACCUGUGCAUGUGCACGUCGUUUUCUACAAUCAUUAAUCUUAAGGCUUGUUAGUGUUAUAUAUUACGACUACAACAUAGGACACAAAUGAGACCCCCCCCCCCCCCGC